AAUUCUCUAUUUAAUUCACAACGUUCAAUAAGAGAGCUUGGAAUUGUUCGUUUUGCAGUUGUGCACAUAUCUCUUCUGUGAUUCAGCCUCUAGAGAAUGUUGAGUGUUUAGGUAAGUAGAAAUAUUUAUCCUAUCCUUUUGGAAAUUCUUCUAUUAAAUAUUAUACGAAAGCAUUUUUGGUUGGUUCUUGCUGUUAAUAUGACGAAAAUUAAGACUACGACUCAUAUUGCAAAAUAAAGUUAUUUCUUACAGUUCGAAGCGUCAUAAGAAAUCAACUUGAAUCUCAUAAUGACAACGAAUGGUGCUACUUGCAAGGAAUCAAACGAUUCCGACUUCCGUAUGGAAGAUUUUGAAUCGAAGGUCACUCUAGGGACGGGAACCUUCGGUCGUGUUGUACUGGUCUUUCAUCCAAAAACAAAAAAGCAUUAUGCUUUGAAAAUAAUGACGAUGAAACAAGUUAUUAAAUUAAAACAAGUUGAACAUGUCAAGAACGAGAAAUCCAUACUGGAGGACGUAUCACAUCCCUUUUUAGUGCAUUUGCACUGGUCAACAAAAAAUGCCUCUCACUUAUUAAUGCUGCUUGAAUUUGUUGAGGGUGGCGAACUAUUUACUUAUUUGAGGAAUGAAGGUCGAUUUCCCCAUAACACAGUUAGAUUUUACUCAGCCGAAAUAGUUACUGCCCUCGAAUACCUCCAUCAAAGAAAUAUCGUUUAUAGGGACUUAAAACCAGAAAAUUUACUUCUUAGUCGUGAGGGUCAUUUAAAAUUAACGGACUUCGGGUUUGCCAAAAAGGUUCCUGAUAGGACUUGGACCUUAUGUGGAACUCCUGAGUAUCUAGCACCAGAAGUGAUAAACAGCAAAGGCCACAAUAAAGCUGUCGAUUGGUGGGCAUUAGGUAUUCUUGUUUAUGAAAUGUAUUGCGGCUGGCCGCCGUUUUACGAUGAACAGCCUCUGAAAAUAUAUGAGAAGAUUCUCAAUGGAAAAAUUGAUUGGCCAAAGCAUGUUGAUUUAGUUACAAAAGACUUGGUAAAGAAGCUGCUGACUCCUGAUAGAACUAAACGCUUAGGGAAUAUGAAAGACGGAACGGCUGACGUAAAGCGGCAUAGAUUUUUUAGGGGUAUCGAUUGGCAAGAUGUAAUCGAUUUGAAAUUAAAGCCGCCAUUAAAAGUGGAAUUAGUAGGCGAAGGCGAUCCAGCUAUGUAUAUUAUGUAUAAGGAUGGCAGUAGAUGGCGCCCAGCGUCGCCUCCAAUCGUUCCUAAAUUCGAAAAGGAAGGAGACAAUUCAAAUUUUGAUCGUUAUGAGGAGGAGGAUUGGCAAAACACUCCCCCGGCUACUGAAGAAGAGCAAAACCUUUUUGAAGAUUUUUAG